AUGGAUGGGGGAAAUGAGAAAGAAUUGGGUAGAAAGCCAACUCCAACUGAGUUGUUUGUCCAUACUCACACUCGAAAGCAUGACAAGGAAACUUUUGUGGACCAAAAAUCCAAAGAGAUGCAUGACGCUAUAGUAGAUAGGAGGGAGGAGCUGACACAGACCACACCUGACAACAUUGAUGAAAACCAACUUUAUUUAGACGUAGUCGGAGGUGGGGAGAAGAGACGGAAAGUGUAUGGCCUUGGAUCUGAAUCAUCUACUUUUUACCCAUUAGUUGGAGCAUCUUUUAGCAGGGUGUCUGCAUCAUACAAUUAUCAAAAUGCUGCAUUACAACGACGAGUACAAGAAUUAGAGAAACAGCUUGAGGAUGAGAGGCAAGCAAUGACAGAAGAAUGGAUCAAAUGA